GCCCUACAAAUAAUUAUAUACAGUAUUACCACGCCAGUCAUAUCUUUCACUACUGCCCACAAUUCAAUUUGCGUCUCAGCCUCAAGAUGAUCUCGAUCCUCCGCCGCACCGCCGCGAAGACCGCCUACACUGGAACAUGGGCCCGCGCCAUGUCCACGUUCAAGGACUUGGAGAAGGUCGGCAUCAAGACCAACGCUACCAUCUACCGCAACUUGAGCUACGCCGAGUUGGCUGACCACGAGUUGAAGAACAACGAGGGCCACUUUGUUGCCAACGGCACGUUUACGGUCGACACGGGCAAGUUCACCGGCCGCUCGCCCAAGGACAAGUACUUUGUGGAGCAAGAACCCUCGAAGAAGAACAUUUGGUGGGGCUCGAUCAACCAGCCUAUGAAGCCCGAAGUGUUUGACGAACUGCACACGACCGUGACAGAGCACUACAACGCCGCGGAAAAGGUGUACGUGUUCGACGGGUACUGCGGGGCCAACAAGAACUCUCGCAAGCGCGUGCGUAUCAUCACCGAGUUGGCGUGGCAACACCACUUUGUGACCAACAUGUUUAUCCGCGCGCAAACGAAGGAAGAAGUGGAGAACUUCCAGCCCGACUUUACCAUCAUCAACGCGUGCAAGGUCACGGACGCCGACUACAAGAAGCACGGGCUCAACUCGGAAGUGUUUGUCGGCUUCAACAUUGAGAAGCGCGUGGCGAUCAUCGGCGGCACUUGGUACGGCGGCGAGAUGAAGAAGGGUAUCUUCUCCAUGAUGAACUACUGGCUUCCGCUGGAAAAGAUCAUGGCCAUGCAUUGUUCGGCCAACAAGGGCAAGGACGGCGACACGGCGCUCUUCUUUGGCUUGAGCGGCACGGGCAAGACGACUUUGAGCGCCGACCCCCACCGCUACCUCAUCGGCGACGACGAGCACGGAUGGGACGACGAAGGCAUCUUCAACUUUGAAGGCGGAUGCUACGCCAAGACCAUCAACCUGUCGGAAGAGAACGAGCCCGACAUCUACCGCGCCAUCAAGCGCGACGCAAUGCUCGAAAACGUGCAUGUCGACCCCAAGACCAACGAACCCGACUACUACAACACGACCAAGACCGAGAACGGGCGCGUGUCAUAUCCCAUCUACCACAUUGACAACCAUGAACCCAAUUCGUCGGGGGGGCACCCAAGUAACAUUGUGUUCUUGACGUGCGACGCGUACGGCGUGCUCCCGCCCGUGUCCAAGCUCAACGACGGACAAGCCAUGUACCAUUUCCUGUCGGGGUACACGGCAAAGGUGGCCGGCACUGAGCGUGGGGUGACCGAGCCCACGGCGACGUUUUCGGCAUGCUUUGGCGCGGCCUUCUUGCCGCUCCACCCUACCAAGUAUGCGGACCUGCUCCAAGAGAAGAUCCAAAAGCACAAGUCGAACGUGUACCUGGUCAACACGGGUUGGUCUGGUGGAGGAUACGGUGUGGGUAAGCGCAUGUCCAUCAAGGACACGCGCGCAUGCAUCGACGCCAUCCUCGACGGGUCGAUCAAGAAGUCCAAGUUCAAGGUGGACCCGAUCUUCGGCCUCGCCGUGCCCACCAAGUUGGGCAACAUCUCGCCGUCCAUCUUGAGCCCCCGCGAUGCCUGGGCCGACAAGGCCGCGUUCGACAAGACCGCGACCAAGCUUGCUGGCAUGUUCAAGAAGAAUUUCGAAAAGUACAUUUCCAAGGACCACACCGAUUACUCCAAGUUUGGGCCGACCGUUUAAACGCGUUUAUCUAUAAGGGAGAAAAAAGAAUUGAUUGAAAAUGUUUUUUUCUUCAGAA